AUGCCACUGAAGGAAAGAAACAACGCUGUUGUGCCAGGCUGUGGUCGUGUCGUGUACUUCUCGGUCGGUGUACAUGAUAGCAACGCGUUGGCGACAGCUAUAACCGACACGGUCCAGCAAUUCGGCGGACCUGUUAACGCUCUGAUCAACAACGCUGGUCUUGCGCUCGGUGCGCCGGCAUGCUUUCAAGACCAGUCGAUAGGUGACAUCUCCAUGAUGGUGGGGACCAACGCAAGCGGUGUGCUGUUCGCUGCGCAUGCGGCACUCAACCAGGGCGGUAUGUUCGCACAGAAGCGAGGUGUGAUCGUGAACGUGACGUCUGUGACUGCGCUGGAGGCUCCGCCGUUCUCCGGUGAAGCUGUGUAUUAUAUGGCCAAGGCGACGCAGGAGGGAUUUUCGAACUCGCUUCGCAAUGAACUCUGCGGUACGAACAUCAAGGUUGUGGUGGUGCGUUCUGGUGUUGUAGUGACGAAUUUCCACGAGCAACGCCCGCUGGUGUCCGAAGAUAUUGCUGAUGCCAUUUCGUGGGUGCUGGAGAAGCCUGAAUGUGUGAUGGUCAAGGCGAUCGACGUCGUGCCGACGGCGCAGCGCAGUCUCAGCUUGUUCGACCGCGAAUGGAGCGCUCGUAAUGCGAAGUAA